AAGGAGACAUAACAUGAAAAACCCACUUUUUUAUCCAUUAACACAGUGUGUUUCACAUUUUAAGUGUCUAAGUGAGCAAAAAGGCUUAUAUUAUUCACUGGAGUUGCUAUUUAGAUAUUUAAUAAUUAAGUUUUGGGCAUGUUUGUCCACCCGUUCAGUUUUUACAUUAUCAAUGACAUCAGUAAUUAAUUUAGUCCGGAUAACUACCAAAUAUGGUCAUGGCUCUCUGGCUACACAGAAAGUAAAGCCGCCAUUUUUUUUCCCUCGCUAGGACAGUUGUAGUCCAGAGUGAAUAAUGCCAAAACCACGGUUAGAUAACUUGAAAUGCUCUGUCUAUGGAUGUACUCAUCCACACGAGUGUUUACACCGUCCUCCUGCAUCAGAAGAAGUUAGAAUUGCCUGGUUGAAUUUUAUUUUUCAUGGUAAUGUCCCAUCUUCUGUGCGUAAAGUACUUUUUGUUUGCUCAAAGCACUUUAAAUACGAGUGCUUCACCAACCUACUGCAGUACAGAGAAGGACUAGCCCAAAGGCUUCGACUCAUUGAGGGCUCAGUUCCCACUGAGUAUGGGGAUGAUGGACACACCAGCAAAGAGCUCCCAACACCAAGGACACAGAAGCCAUCUUUUACCAGUUCAGGCUGUCAGACGAAACCACAGAUGCGUGCAGUUGGAACCCAACUCUCACUGAAAACUCUAGGGCCACAUUUCAGAAGUAUAGGCACACAGACAAGCAUGGAUUUCUCUGAAGUUGUAGCUGGUACUUCAACAACAGGCUCUCUUCACACCACACAUUUUGUGACCUCCACACCAGUGAAGCGCCAACAUUUGUCUGCUAUACCAGAAGAACAUAUCACACCUAUAAAGAGACCUUGUUUGGAUGAGACCACAGACGCUGACGACACUUUAGAAGGCAGUAGUUCAAUGAACAUCCCAAGCCAACAAGAUAAAACAUAUGACCCUCUGGCAUCAAUAAGUGCUUUGACGGACAUCACUGAACACACGUAAGCUAUACAGCACCAGCAUUUAUUUAUAUUCUUUCAGAUACAUUCACAAAUUAUUCAUUAAUUAUUUGUUUUAUAUCCACUCUAGAAAGGACACAUCAGU